AACAGCAAGACUCUCCAUUAACGCUUUUGCCAGCUAAAGCUUUCCUUCUUCCAAACAGCUCGCGUGGAGUAUUAUUUGAUUGUUUCUUAGAAUUUGCAAUGGACUCCCCACAAUCUGUUGUUUCACCAUUCAAGAUUAAUGAGUCCGAAAACGAGAACUCAGCUUCUGUGCAGAGCUCUGGAAACAAAUCAAACAUCAUCAAAUCCAAUGGAAAAGACUCAACCAGCUCUAACCAUCAAGACCUUUUUGGUACUCUUGAGGUUUAUGUGCAUCAGGCAAGAGAUAUCCACAACAUUUGCAUAUACCACAAACAAGACGUGUACGCCAAGCUUUGCCUUACAAGUGAUCCUGAAAACUCUGUCUCCACCAAGAUCAUCAACGGUGGUGGGAGGAAUCCGGUUUUUGACGACAAAGUUAAGCUUGAUGUCAGGGUGUUAGACACUUCCCUCAAAUGUGAGAUUUACAUGAUGAGCAGGGUGAAGAACUAUCUUGAAGACCAGCUUCUUGGUUUUACUUUGGUUCCUAUGUCUGAACUUAUCUUCAAGAAUGGGAAACUAGAGGAGAAAGAGUUCUCUCUUUCUUCCACUGAUCUGUACCAUUCUCCAGCUGGCUUUGUUCAGUUGUCUCUCUCUUACAAUGGAUCCUACCCUGAAGUGAUGGCUUUUCCAGCUAUGCCUAUUGAUAAAACGGCCAAGAAUCAAGAAGGGUCUGAAUCAGUUCCGGAUGAGUUGGAGAAGAUAGAGUUUCCUGAUCCUAAUGUUGCAAAUGAAAACGAGAAGAUGGUUUCAGAGUAUUUUGAGAUGUCUUGUUCCACUAUUGAUUCAGAAACUUCAAACAGCUUGGUUACUUCUCACACUGAGAAUCAUGUAACAAGUUCUGUCACUUCUGUAAUGAAGAAAGAUUCACCUGAGAGCAGCAAUGCAACAAAUGGUGCUGCUUCUCCUCACGCUUCAGCUCACUCAGCCACAGAGACACCAAACCAUGAUCAUCUCUCUGUGGUGAACUCCAAAGCGGAUUCUCAGGAGUCAGAGAGCGAGACAUCUGAGGAGAAGACUGUGAAGCCCAUCAUCAGUGUGAGUGUUGAGACAGAGUCAAAGGUGGUGCAGCAGGAUAUAGUGGACAUGUACAUGAAAAGCAUGCAACAGUUUACUGAUUCACUGGCUAAGAUGAAGCUUCCUCUGGACUUUGAUAGCCCAACAAACUCAGAGAACUCAAGCUCUGAUUCUCAGAAGCUGCCAACACCAAAGAACAACAAAGGAUCACGUGUGUUCUAUGGGAGCAGGGCUUUCUUCUGAGCAUCUCUUUUACCAAGUUCAGAGGCAAGAAAGACUAAUCUCCUAAUGAUGUAAUUUUAUAAUGUUACUACUAUUUGAUGUUGUAUCUCCCAUCUGGUCAGUUUGAUGCUUUAGUUGUUAUAUUUAUGUGUCAUUAGCCUUUGUACUGUUAGAACUAUGAACUUAUGCUGCUUAAUCAUGUUUGUUUUUACUUCCUGAAAUGCUGAUUUUUAACAUCC